AUGAGUACUAGCAAUAAUAAUAGACAAAUAAUAAAUAUAAAUAAAGUAAAUGAGCAAGAGGAAGAAGACGAGCAAGAUAAAUCUGUAGUUUUAGAGGAGGAGAAAUAUGUAGAUUCUUUAUCGCGUAUCAUUCAGAGGGAUUACUUCCCUGAUUUACCAAAUCUAAAGAGUCAGUUGGAGUGGAUCGAUGCAGUAGAGUCUAACGAUAUAUCAAGAAUGCAAUCCAUUCAAUUGCAAUCAAUAAGAAGACUAAACACAUCGAUAAGACAACAAAACAGUGUUAGACAACGUUUGCAUACCAACCAAUCGUUUGAUACUCCUUCAACUUUUGGUGAUUCAACACCCAGUAGUAAUAACAUUCAACAAACACCUUUAAAUAGUAAUAAUAAUAAUGUAAAUAGUAAUAAUAGUAUACAACAACAACAACAACAACAACAUGAACAAAAAGAUAUAAUAGAUGGUAUUAGUUUAGAUCAAUUCGUUGCGAAUUACAAGAGUGAAGAUGAUGCUAGUUAUAAUGAAAUAGCAAAGAAAAACAAGUUAGAGAAUAAUCAAAAGUAUAAAUGGAUGGAAGAUGCAUCUUUGAAGCAGAAUCAACAAUUGUUGUUACUGGAGGAUAACGCCAAGAAUGCACCUGACACAUGGAAUCAUACGGUUCGAAACAGAUUGAUGUACUACCCAGAGGGCAAAACAAAGUCAACAGUCGAUCCUUCAAAUAUUAUGGGUCCACCGAAAGAGAUUGUUCGUGAGAAUACAAGAAUAUCAGUAGAUUUGAAAGAACGACAGAAGGCGGCAGCUCAGAAGCAGGCCGACGCCACACCGUUCCACUCACUGUCGCUACCCGAACAGUUGGCUCGACUACAAAGAAUGGAACAAGACGGACACAAAGUAGAUGCAUCCACUCUUGGAUUGCUGUCAACACCACAGCUGACGCCAAGCAAUCUCCAAGCGGACUAUGGUGAGUCGCCUCUCAUGACUUGGGGACACAUCGAUGGAACACCGCUACUCCUCCCUAAUAAUCCAAUAUCAACACCACUCAACAUAACAGGUUCAUCAAGAGGAUCAUUUAAAAUACCAGAGACACAACUUAGAGAGAAGAUUGCACAUUCAUUAGCUGAUAAAUCAACAAAUAACAACAAUAAUAAUAAUAACAAGACAAGAACAACAACAACACCGGGAACAUCAAUAACAUCACUUUCACCAGCAGCUCAAAAACUACUAUCGAUUAGAUCACCUCACCUUUUAAAUAAAUCACCGUUACUGAAAGAUCAACAACUUAGAAAGAGUUACCAACAAUCACCAAAAAAUAGUACACCUAGUAAACAAAAGAAUCUAUUAACGCCAACACCCAAUCGAUCAUCAUCAACAAAGUCAUCAUUGUCAACACCCAAACAAGAUAUAAAUUCAACACCAAAGAGAGAGAAACAUAUCACAGAUGAUCUUUUAAAUUUCUAA